AUGUCUAAGGCACAUACUUAUUAUGUGCGAUUUUCAGCUCAGAUCUACCAGUAUUUUGUGGGGCUGUAUCAGCGCCUCCAGAAGUUCUGGAAUGUCACUGUCAGGCGCUUUUUCGUUAAGAAGAAGGAAGAAGAUAUCCCUUCGGUUGAGAGUAUUUUUCACAAAGAAAAAUUCGUGGUGCUUGGUCGUGUAUUGAAGAAUCAAUCUCUAGCCAUUGAGAAGAGGGCUCAGGCUGCAUAUAGAAUCGGACUGUUGGCCUUCACAGGAGGACCCACCGCUGGGAAAUACGCCACUGAGCACAUAAAAGAAGUGGCCAGUUUGUUACAAAAUCACCAGCUGGCGCCGAAAGUAAAGAUUCUGCUGCUCCAGAGUAUAGCCUGCUGGUGUUACUUAAAUCCUACCAGCCAGAGGAAAGCCAAGAAUUUCAAGUUUAUCCCUAUCCUCGUGAGGAUUUUUGACUACAGAGUCGAUUCUGUCAUCAAAACUGAAAUCAACAAACACCUCCUUGUUAAAUUUUGGGCUUGCUACGUUCUCUCUGUCAUGACCUGCAAUAAUGUGUCCUGCAUAAAGGAGCUUAGAGACUUAGGUAAUCUGAAGUAUCAUUUGCAAAUACUGGCGGCUGAGAAUUGGUCUGGGUGGCCUGAGAAUUUUGCAGAGGUGCUAUAUUUCCUCAUUGGUUUUCACAGGAAUUAA